AUGAAACUGUUCAUUGCUUUCGCUCUUGUCGUUGUCGUUGUCUAUGCAGCACCUCAAGGACGUCAAGAAGAAGUAGUACUCGUCAAAGAAACACCCUCAGAUAAUAUUGGCUUAGGUGGCUAUAGAUAUGCCUACGAACUUUCCAACGGUCAAUCUCAUCAGGAAGUAGCGGAAUUAGUUAACGAAGGAACUGAAAAUGAAGCUUUAACUGUUCGAGGCAGUUAUAGUUGGGUGGAACCACAAAGUAAUACAGUAUAUACUGUAAACUACGUGGCUGACGAGAAUGGUUUCCAUCCUGUGGGUGAACAUCUCCCUGCUUGA